CACAGCAUCGCUGUGCGGGUGGGCGCCGCUUCCUGGGCCUCAUGGGGGCCAGCCUGGGGGCUGUCGUCUCUCAGUGGUGGGGGCAGGGGGCUCAGGGCCCAGCACGGGCGGUGCAGGGCGCCGGGCCGCGCCGCCCCCUCCCGGCCUCAUACCUUGCCCACAGCCGAGCAGCUGGGAGGCUAUUUAUAAAGGCGGGUGAGAUCAGCGGCCGAGGCUAUAAAUGUAAGGGCCGCGGCCAGGCCCAGAGAGCGGCUGCCCGGGGCGCUGGAGCUGCGAGCCGGGCCAUGAUGAGCGCCAGCGGCGGCGGUGGCGAGGACAGCGGCGGCAGCAGCAGCAGCUCUCAGGCCUUUGAGUACACUGGGGCCGCGGCGGCGGCGCCCCGCAUGCUGCAGGGGCUCCUGGGCUCCGACGACGAGGAACAGGAGGAUCCCAAGGACUACUGCAAGGGCGGCUACUACCCGGUGAAGAUCGGAGACCUGUUCAAUGGGAGAUACCACGUGGUGCGCAAGCUGGGCUGGGGGCACUUUUCCACCGUCUGGCUGUGCUGGGACAUCCAGCGCAAGCGCUUGGUAGCCCUGAAAGUGGUGAAGAGCGGUGGCCACUACACGGAGACAGCUGUGGAUGAGAUCAAGCUCCUAAAAUGUGUGCGAGACAGUGACCCCAGUGACCCCAAAAGAGAAACCAUUGUGCAGCUCAUUGAUGACUUCAAGAUCUCAGGGGUGAAUGGAGUCCAUGUGUGCAUGGUACUGGAGGUGCUGGGCCACCAGCUGCUCAAGUGGAUCAUCAAAUCCAACUACCAGGGCCUGCCUGUGCCCUGCGUGAAAAGCAUCGUGCGGCAGGUGCUGCACGGUCUGGACUACCUGCACACCAAGUGCAAGAUCAUCCACACGGACAUCAAGCCUGAAAAUAUUCUCCUGUGCGUGGGGGACGCCUACAUCCGGCGCCUCGCCGCUGAGGCCACCGAGUGGCAGCAGUCUGGGGCACCGCCACCAUCCCGCUCCACAGUCAGCACUGCCCCUGAGGAAGUCUUGGUGGGGAAACUGUCCAAAAACAAGAAAAAGAAGCUGCGGCGCAAGAGGAGGCAGCAGAAGCUGCUGUUGGAGGAACGCCUGCGGGAUCUGCGGCAGCUAGAGGCCAUGGAGGAGGCUGCGACUGCGGCACAGGCCCGGGCUGAGGAUACCGGCUCCAGAUUAGAGGGGGGCAGUGGCUCCACCUCUUCCUCAGGCUGCCAUCCUGGGGGGGUGCAGGGCGGCCCCUCGCCAGCAUCAUCAUCACCGGGCCCCUGGGGGGAACGCAGCCCCAGCCCUGGCUCUCAGACCUCGGGCUUCUCGGGUUCCCUCUUCUCGGCCGCCUCGUGCUCUGUCCUCUCCAGUUCAUCCAACCAGCGGGAGGCAGGGGGCCUCCUUUCUCCCAGCACACCAUUUGGUGCCUCGAACCUCCUGGUGAACCCUCUAGAGCCCCAGAAUGCAGACAAGAUCAAGAUCAAGAUCGCGGACCUGGGCAAUGCCUGCUGGGUGCACAAGCACUUCACUGAGGACAUCCAGACAAGGCAGUACCGGGCCGUGGAGGUCCUGAUUGGUGCCGAGUAUGGGCCCCCGGCCGACAUCUGGAGCACAGCAUGCAUGGCUUUCGAGUUGGCCACGGGCGACUACUUGUUCGAGCCACACUCAGGAGAGGACUACAGUCGCGAUGAAGAUCACAUCGCCCACAUUGUGGAGCUCCUGGGCGACAUCCCCCCUGCAUUUGCCCUCUCGGGCCGCUACUCUCGAGAGUUCUUCAACCGCAGAGGGGAGCUGCGGCACAUCCACAACCUCAAGCACUGGGGCCUUUAUGAAGUGCUCAUGGAGAAGUACGAGUGGCCACUGGAGCAGGCCACACAGUUCAGCGCCUUCCUGCUGCCCAUGAUGGAAUAUAUCCCCGAGAAGCGUGCCAGUGCUGCCGACUGCCUGCAGCAUCCCUGGCUCAACCCUUAGGCCCUGAGGGCUGUGGAUGAGCCCCCUCUAUUCUAGCCCCCAGCCCACUGCACUCGC